AAUAAAAAUAUCCGUUAUAUUGGAUUUUUUUUAAUAAAAUAUAAUGUUGCUUUGGAAAGUUAUAACAUUGUUAUUAUUGAGCAUAUUGCUGGUAUUCGCUAAAGAGAAUUGGAUAAGACCAGGUUGUCAUAAAGUAGGUAACACACGUAAAAUAGCCAUACCGGAAUGUGUAGAAUUUCAUAUAACCACAAAUGCUUGUCGAGGCUUUUGCGAAUCGUAUGCUGUGCCAUCUGCAGCCUGGAGUAGUGCGGCCGUCAGCAGUUUCUUUAAGCCCACUAAACCAGUAAUAUCAGUGGGUCAAUGCUGUAAUAUGAUGGAAUCAGAAGAAAUCCAAAAACGAGUGUUAUGUAUAAAUGGGAUGAGAAAUUUCACCUUUAAAUCGGCCGUUUCUUGCAGUUGUUAUCAUUGCAAAAAGGAUUAAAGAUUGCUUUUUUUUUUAAGUUAAA